UAGUUUAGUUAGCAUAGCUCAUCAUCAUCCACAUACCAAAAUAUCAAGAAUUGACAGACGAAAAAAUGGGAAGUGUUAUUGAUGUGCUUAUGGUUGUGCUACUAUGUUCACUAGGUGUUGCAUUUGGUGAGCAAUGUGGCAGGCAAGCAGGCGGUAAGCUUUGCCCUAAUAACCUAUGUUGUAGCCAGUAUGGAUGGUGUGGCUCUACUGAUGACUAUUGCUCACCUUCCAAAAACUGCCAAAGCAAUUGCAAAGGUGGUGGUGGCGGUGAAAGUGCUUCUAAUGUCCGUGCUACAUACCAUUUCUAUAAUCCUCAGCAACAUGGAUGGGAUCUGAAUGCAGUUAGUGCAUAUUGUUCUACAUGGGAUGCUAACAAGCCUUAUUCAUGGAGGAGCAAGUAUGGGUGGACUGCGUUCUGCGGUCCUGCUGGACCUCGCGGACAAACCUCCUGUGGCAAGUGCUUGAGGGUGACAAAUACUAGGACUGGAGCUGCGACAACAGUGAGAAUAGUUGAUCAAUGCAGCAAUGGAGGACUGGAUUUGGAUGUGAAUGUCUUUCGUCAAUUGGACACAGACGGUAUUGGAUAACAGCAAGGUCACCUUAUAGUGAAUUACCAGUUUGUUAACUGUGGAGAUUCCUUCAACCCUCUGUUUUCUAUUAUGGAUGAUCAGUAAAGAUAAUUUUAUGUUAUGGUAAUAAACUUCGCAAGCAAGGCUAGCAUUGCACAUGUGUAGCUUGAGGACUUGAAAGUAAACUUAUAUCUUUAUGAGUCAA